GACCAUCAAGUUGCUGAUCUCUUGUUGACCUUUUCCAAAAUAAGAGUUAAUGCUCCACAUAAGACCACCACUUAUUCAAGGCUAGCUCCAAGUUCAGACAAUAACUACGUACCAAGGUAAUUUGAUACAGAUUUCUCUUCCAUUUGUCACGGAUUCUCAACAAUGUCGUCACGCCAAGCAAAUGAAGAGCGACGGAUAGCAAUCAUCGGUGCUGGAAUCAGUGGCCUUCUUGCAUGCAAGCAUGCCAUCAUGAAGGGCUUCAAGCCUAUCGUUUUUGAGACACAGAACAACAUUGGUGGAGUCUGGUCCAACACCAUACACUCAACUAAGCUGCAAAGCCCCAAAGACUACUUCCAAUUCUCCGACUUUCCAUGGCCUGAAUCCGUCUCAGAAACGUUCCCCGACCACAACCAAGUCUUGGACUACAUUACAUCCUAUGCGCGUCAUUUUGAUCUUUUCCCACUCAUCAACUUCAACUCUAAGGUUGUCGGCAUUAACUAUGUUUCGUCCGAGGAUACAUCUUUUUGGAGUAUGUGGGGUGGCUCCGGGGAGCCCUUUUCGGCUCACGGAAAAUGGGACGUUGUCGUUCAGGAUGCCCGUCGUGCUGUGGAGGAACCUAAGGUAUAUCAAGUGGAGUUUGUGAUCCUGUGCAUUGGGAAGUUCAGUGAGCUGCCAAACGUGCCCCAAUUUCCACGAAGCAAAGGCGCAAAUGUGUUCAAUGGAGAGGUCAUACACUCCAUGGACUAUGCUGCAAUGGGCAAAGUUGAAGCAGACAAGUUCGUUGAAAACAAGAGAGUGACUGUUGUUGGUUUCCGGAAAUCUGCACUUGAUAUUGCAGCUCAAAUUGCCACAACUAAUGGUGCCAAGUAUCCAUGCACAUUGCUUUUCAGGAGAGUACACUGGACAGCUUCUGAGAACUUGGUCCGGUUCACCUUCAGAAAUUUGAACCGGUUCUCCGAGCUUAUGAUCCACCGGCCCCAUGAAUCCCUAAUUCUCUGGUUUCUUGCACUUGUACUUUCACCUCUGCGUUGGAUCUUCUCCAAACUCGUGGAAUGCUACCUCAAAUGGAUGUACCCGUUGGAGGAAUACGAUAUGGUUCCCGACCACAGUUUCCUGAGACAGAUACGUUCGUGCAUGUUGAUGGUGUUGCCCCAGAACUUUUAUGAGAGAGUGAAAGAAGGCAGCCUUGUCUUGAAGAAAUCUGGUGCAUUAGGGUUCUACGAAAAUGGGCUGGUUUUGGACAAUGAUAUUGAGACGGUUCAUUUAGAGACGGAUGUUGUUAUAUUUGCGACGGGAUAUAAGAGUGACGAAAAGAUCUCCAAUAUUUUCACAUCAAUUGAAUUCCAGAAAUGCAUAACUGCAUCCUCAGCUCCCUUCUACAGGGAGUGCAUUCAUCCAAGGAUUCCACAGUUAGCCAUAUUAGGGUACUCGGAGAGCCCGGCAACGUUGUUCACCUUUGAGCUAAGAAGCAAAUGGCUGGCACAUUUUCUCGCAGGAGACUUCAGAUUGCCAAGCGUACGAGGAAUGGAAGAGGAUGUCGAGAGAUGGGAGAAGAGCAGGCGUCGUUACAGCCUCGACGACUACAAGAGGGCUUGCGUUGGUGCGCAGCUGCAGAUACACUGCAAUGAUCAGCUGUGUAAGGACAUGGGGUGCAAUCCUAGGAGAAAGAAGUGGUUCUUCCCUGAGUUGUUCUCUCCCUACCACCCUUCCGAUUAUGCAGAUUUAUGAAAUAAAUAAUCAUGUUUGAGUAGUUAGUUGUUUUCUAGUCUUUCUGCAUAAUUGAAAUAAGACAAUUCACUAAUAAGAAAACGUGUAACUUGUAACGGUCUUGUUGGAACUGCCAUAUAUGAACAGCCC